AUGACAUCGCUCAAACUCGCCAUUCAUUGUUGGCUGUCAAAGUCGAGCAUAGCCGAGGAUCUGUGUGGUCUCGGGGCCAUUGUAACCUGUGCGGGGAUGCUUGCGACCAUUAUCUUAGGAGUCCUGCGUGGGAUCGGCCGCAGGAGCGAGGAAGGCGGGAUCGAUUAUGAUGCCCUUGGAAAGAUCCAACUGGCCGUGCAGGUUCUCUACAUCACCUCCGCUGCGUUGGUGAAACUGUCGAUCCUUUUUCUGUACCGCCAGGUCUUCCAGCACAUGCGAACCAUCAUCACCAUCACCAUCGCGGUGAUCGUGGUGAUCACCGUCGUCUUCAUCUUCGUGGCCAUCUUCCAGUGCCACCCGAUCGGGCGAUUCUGGUUUGAGCCCAAGGCCGCACAAGGGGCAUGCAUCAGCCAGCUCAUCUUCUGGUGCGAUGUGGCCGUGGUCUUCCUGAUCAGUAAUAUCUGGAUCACAGCUUUGCCUGUUCGGCCAAUUUUGGGUCUUCACGUGAAAUGUCGGUUAAGGACCGGUAUUCUGCUGCUGUUAUGCUCAACGGGUCUGUUGACGUGUUCGAUGGCAACGAUCCGCCUGGCCUACAUCGUCAAGCUCUACAGGGGCAACGAUCCGACGAGAGACAUCGUGCCGAUCUACUUCUGCUCCGUCGCGGAGAUAUGCGUUGCGCUGGUCUCUUUGAGUAUACCCUCCCUGCGCUUGGCCGCCCGGCGGAAAUGGGCGAGCCCGGCCCCAUGCUGA